AUGGAUCAAGAUAAGGACAACGCUCUCUCCACGGUGGAGAUGGAUCGACAAGGUUCACUACCACAGGAGGUUGAGGGAUCAAGGAAGGUUGAAAAUAUCGUUCCGGAUCAAUUCGAUGAAAACUACCGCACGUCUAAAAGGGAGAUCUGGGCUUACUACUCCUACUAUAUCGGCAAUAAUGGACUGUCUCUGUUCAACUUUGCGCCCACGGCUUUCCAGAAUCUACUUUACCAAGCGGCCCCACCCGAUGGCAUGCUAGUCUUCAUCGGACAGCCACGAGUCGUGAAUAGCAUCGUUCUACUUUGCAAUGGUAUUUCUUUCGCCAUUCAGGUUGUUGUAUUCCUAAUUAUUGGAAGUUUUGCCGAUUUCGGUCAUUGGCGACCCAACAUUUUGAUCGUUUUAUCUAUUAUCGCCUGGGCAAUCGGAUUCGCAUGGCUGGGUGUUCAUACUUGGGAAAACUGGCGGGUCGGGGUUGGCCUUUACAUGGUUGGGUUGAUCGCCUACCAAACAACAUUGACCUUCUGGACAGCUGCGUUCCCUGGACUCGCUCGGAAUACAGUCGAGAUGAAGGAGAAAGCAGACGAAUACGCCUCUGGAAUGAUCACGCGGGAACAAUAUGAUUACGCCGAUACUAUGAUGCGCAGUCGUCUAGCUAAUAUCGCCUUCUACGUUCAAUCUUUGGGUGAGCUUGUUAUUCUGGCCAUAAUUGUCGGGAUUAUGUUUGGUUUGGAUGUCAAUGCAAGCGAGGCAAAUAACAAUUGGGGACUCAGUGUCUUGAUUGCGUUUGUUUCUGGUGUGUGGCUUCUUGUGGCCAUGCCCUGGUUCUUUCUUGAAAAACGUCGCCCAGGCCAGGACCCAGGAAACCGAUCUAUACUUGUUGCAGGUGUAUGGCAGCUCUGGCAUGCCUUAAGGCAGAUUUGGCAUCUCAAACAAAGUUUGCUGUAUCUCAUUGGAUACUUCUUGUUGGGAGAUUCGCUGAACACUACGGUUACGGUAAUUUCUACGCUACAGAAUAGCAUUGUAGCCUAUAACACUCUAGAAUUGACAUACCUCUUAAUUGUGGGAAUUGCAGCACAGGCUGUCGGUAUCUACUCGUUUUGGUUCAUUCAACAGCGUUUCAAAUUAGGAACCAAAACCAUGUUCAACACUAUCGCAUUCUGCAUUAUUCUUCUCGAUGGCUGGGGGAUGAUAGGAAUUUGGACAAACAAAUUUGGUUUCCACAAUGUCUGGGAAGUCUGGGUCUAUCAAGCCUUUUAUGGACUUUUCGUUUGUCCAUGGUACAGCUAUUCACAGAUCAUGAUCUCCGAAGUCACACCACGUGGACAUGAGUUCCUCUUUUUCAGUCUUUUUAGCAUCAUCGGCAAGACAUCAUCUUUCAUUGGACCUAUCGUGUCGAGUGCUAUCAUUGACGCAAGCCCGACUGGCAAUACGUCUACUCCAUUUUACUUCCUGUUUGCCUUGAGCGUGUUCAGCUUUGGUAUUCUAGCAUUUGGGGUUGAUCUGAAGAAGAGUCAGAAAGAGCAGGAUGAGUUUUUGCAAGAUAAGGCUCGACGUUUACAGAAUAUCAAUUCUAAACAAUCGGGCGGAAAUGCGUGA